AGUCCUGUGCAGUCAUGUGGAGAUGGCGGGAGGGUGUGGAUGUACCUGCAAACCCUUGUCUGGCUGAUGUACUUAGUCAUAACGUCUGGUGGUGAUCAGUGUAGUGCCUCUAGGCUUGGUGCUGACUUACCGUUCUGACUGAGGGAUUGAGAGAAACUGUUGCUGCAAGGGAGACCUGACUUGAGAGGAGCUAGGCUGAAUAUUUUGAAUCCAGGCUGAUGUGCUACAGCACACCACAUGUACCCGCUUCUGCUUUUGCCUACCUGAUGUACUAGUCAUAUAUACGUCUGGUGGUGAUCAGUAGGGUGCCUGGAGGCUUGCUUCUGACUGUGGGAUUGAGAGAAACUGUUGCUGCAAGGGAGACUUGACUUGAGAGGAGCCAGGCUGAAUAUUUUGAAUCCAGGCUGAUGUGCUACAGCACACCACAUGUACCCCGGCUUCUGCUUUUGCCUGCCUGAUGUACUAGUCAUAUCAUCGGUACAGUGCCUCUAGGCUUGCCUCUGACUGUGGGAUUGAGAGAAACUGUUGCUACAAGGGAGACUUGACUUGAGAGGAGCCAGGCUGAAUAUUUUGAAUCCAGGGCCAUCGAUGUGGCACAGCACACCACAUGGUGCUAGUUAUCCUGACUGCUAACACAGAUAGACCGGCUCAUGGUGCAAUCGGGAUGGAAAAAUAUGCGCUGCAGCUCCGGUAGCUCCACCCAUUCCGGGGUUUUCCUCAUCGUUGAGGGACGGGGAAUUUCGCGAGGAAGCCAGGUGAUCUCACACCACCCUCUGCCGGAGAAGCCGGAGGAUGACCUCCCAAACGACUACAUCCGGACCGUCCACGAGGCAAUACGGCAGUACAAUGUCGCGCCGUCCGUCGAGAGUAGCAGCGGGAGGUCCUCGCCGACCAUCGACCAGAGCAUGUUUUCCGCGUCCAACGGUUGGACGACAGAAACAGGGUCGGAAAGCGUGUACUCCUUUGGCGAGGAUGACUUUGACAAGCAGGCCUCUCAGAAGGUCCGGUACAUGUUCAAGGAAAUCGACGACAUGUUGUACGAAGGGCGGCAGAAAGGGAACCAGCAGAUCUAUAACGAGUGCAAGGAGUGGGUCUCCAUGUUUCCCCACCUCAGAAUAUGUGGUGCUCAGCUGUUGGAGCCUCAGGACCAAGGCUUCCGGCACAUCCCCAGCGAAGGCACGGCGCGUCCUUCUACAGGCACGGUCGUCACCGAUGUGGCAGACAUGGAUGACCUGCAGGGGAUUGCUGUCCAGGGGACACACCUGGAGGUCCUGACGCCUCCUGAAGGCGCCCUGCGCAGUAACUCGCCAAACUCCCCGUUCUCCUAUCUAGAAGAGGAAAUAUUUGAGUGUGACGGAUACGUAGAAGAAUAUUUAGCCUACGAUACAAGUAAUAAACAAGUAGAUGAGGAUACUAGGACAGAUUAUAAACUACGUUACACGCUAAGUCGGAGAAAAAGACUAGGUCUCCCGCCGAUCACGCCAAACGCGUCAUUCCGGGACAACCUGGGAGCAGAGAUCUUCGCCAUGAUCUGGUCAGAGGUCAACUCGUGGAUCAGACAGUCCUUAAAGAUUCAAGUGGAGCAAGCGCUGCAGGAGGAGGCAGACAAACAGCUGGCAGAGAUGGACUUUGACGACGUGGAGUCUCCCCUCCCCCUGCGCGAGCUGCCGCCGCCUUCUCGGGAAGGCUUCAGCGGCUUCAGGCCUUCCAUGGGCCGUUAUCCCAGCACCUUGGCCGCAUCAUCUCCCUUCAUGGACUACACGGCACUGAACGGAGUCAUGACCAUCACCACCAAACCUAUCCUGGAGAGGGCUAACACUUCCUUCCAGGAGCGUAGCGAUGACUCGCCUGUACGCGCCGGUUCCUCCAUGAUGAUGGCGAGCGGGAUACGGGGCCGGCCGCCCAGUAUGAGAUACCGGCAGCCCUCGGCGCGGGGUCGGGUGGCGAGACUGGCGCCCAUCCCUAACUACGACAGGUCGCGAACCCCAGCAUUAGACGCAGAUGUGGGCAUCAGGGGAACACGACUACAACCGGACAGCCGGCUGUCGUCCCCGCCACAGGUGAUGUCUCCCCAGCUGACGAGCCCCAGCUACAGACACCUGGUCCACAAGCACCUGCCACCGCUCUCCCACAUGCAGGAGGCAUUCGAGAGCAGCUCCCCCCAUGGAUCUGCCAAGGGGAAGAAGGGUCUGGGAUCCCGAGCAUCCAGCGCCGUGAUAGAUGAAAACGGGAGAAGAACAUCCAAAAUUAUCCAGUUCAGCCCAGAAUCUCGACCCAACACCACACACACAUUCAGGGCGGACACCCCUUUUGGCCUUCGGCGCUCUUCUACCCCAAUGGGUACCAAUAGUAACUUCAGAACCAGUGGGUCAGCUUUAGGAAACCCAGUCAUCCCGGGAGUGGUGGGUUACGGCAUCACAAGCUCCGCCUCCCAGAUGGACCCACAUGUCAAUCAUCCCGUGGAGAUGGAGGAUGAGGAAGAGUGGGGCAACAGUGAGAACUUCCAGAUCCCCAGGACCUCCUCCUGGGGUCACUCAGGGUUGAACCCAAGUAACAACCCGUAUGCGCGCGGGCGGGGGAAGCUGGGCAGCCUGGUUAGAUAACCUCCGUGGUGCCACUUCAACUCACCCUUCUUCUCACUGUCAAGUGCCAAGUCCCAUAUCAUAGCAAUACAGACUGUGUACUGCCAUUUUCAGCAGGGGCAACAUGGGGGUCACCAGUACACCAUGCACUAUGGUCCAGUUACUUUGUACCCCCUACAACAUCCCAC